CAGUCACCCGGUCUGGCGGGGCCGGGGACGAUGCUGAGGCGGUCGCAGUCGCGGCCCAGACAGGCGCUCAAGGGGCGGCGAGCUCAGCGCUAGGCCGGGCCCGGCGCCGCGGAGCUCCCCGCCGCUGUGGAGCUGAGGAGGCCAAAGGAAGCAGCGGCAAGAGGUGCCCCAGCGCCGCCGCUGCCGCCAUGCCGGGUCCCCCCGUGGCAGGAGCGCCCCCCGGGCCGGACCCGGAGGAGCGCUACGACUUCCUCUUCAAGCUGGUGCUGAUCGGCGACGCCAGCGUGGGCAAGACGUGCCUGGUGCAGCGCUUCAAGACCGGGGCCUUCGCCGAGAGGCAGGGCAGCACCAUCGGCGUGGACUUCACCAUGAAGAGCUUGGAGAUCCAGGGCAAGCGGGUCAAGUUGCAGAUCUGGGACACAGCUGGUCAAGAACGGUUUCGGACCAUCACCCAGAGUUACUAUCGAAGUGCCAAUGGAGCUAUUCUAGCCUAUGACAUUAGCAAGAGAGGCUCUUUCCAGUCUAUUCCUCGCUGGAUCGAGGAUGUGAGGAAAUAUGCAGGUUCCAACAUAGUACAAUUGCUGAUUGGAAACAAGUCUGACCUAAGUGACCGUCGGGAGGUUCAGCUAGAGGAAGCUCAGAGUCUGGCUGAGCACUAUGAUAUCACCUGUGCCAUAGAGACUUCUGCAAAGGACUCCAGCAACGUGGAGGAGGCUUUUGUAAAGAUGGCAACAGAGUUAAUGAUGAGGCACGGAGGCCCCAUGUUCAGUGAGCAAAACACAGACAGCAUCAAACUUGACAGCAAGGAUGUGGAAGGAUGGGGGUGUGGUUGCUGAUGCAGGUUAUGUUAUCUCUAACUCUUACUGGAAUUACGAGGGUACCUGUCCUUCCCUUAUAAUUACACACACACACACACACACACACCAUGCUGCAUAACAAAGCAGCAGUAUCCUUUUCCUGCAAGCCCAAUAUUUUUGUAGGUUAGACAUUAACAUUUGCAGGCUAAUUUUCAAUAUGAAGGGGCUUUCUUUUGUAGAUCUAAAAGUUAGCCUUCCAUGGCCGUUACUCUGUAGCAGUCUCUACCACCUUCUUUUCAGAGGAACUUGUGCAAUUUGAAAGUUAAGUUGCACAGAAGGAAGCCACUGGGAUCUCUUUGUAUGAAAUUGUCUGAACAAGAAAUUACUGUGUUACCUGUUGUAAAUCCCUGUACAUGGGAGCUUGUACAGAAGAAGACACUUCUGCUUUUAUGUCAGUGAGUCUUAACACUGCCUCUGUUUUUAAACUCUCAGCAUUCCAAGAAUCAAAGAAUCAGAAAGCACACAGUGUCAUUCAAUUUCUCUGCAGGGACGUUUCAAGUAUGAAAUACUUGAAAGUUUCCUAUAUAGGACAAAUCAGCUAACAUUUGUUCAAUAUGAGGAACCUCCAUAGAAGAUAGGUUUUUCUAGACAUUAAAUGUAGCAUGUGGUGAGGUGCAAAGCUAGCUGGACAGUUUUUUGUCUCACAUUUUUCAGGCAAAUAGAGAAACCAGUAUGAGCAGAACUGAACUGAACACAUGGGUCACUAAUUUAUUUUCUUUAUUUCCAUCUUGGAAGACUUGAUCCUAAAAACAUUUCAUUGAAUGGAAGUCCUACUGAUUUCAACAGAACCUUCUUGGAACGUAAAUGCCUUUGAAAAUUCAUCAGGCUCACUUCCAAGUAAAUAGGCUUAGGAUUGUAAUGUCAAAAUUAAGGUUUGUUCAUCAUUUAUUUUGCACAUUUUUAUAGCCCCCUUCUUGGAGAUAACAUUGUGUACCUCUAAUAUUCAGUGUUAUUAAUUUCAUUUAAAAUUCAUAUUCAAUACCUAUGAAAAGAUGAUGUUUUUGUUUUUUUACCAUUUGCUUCUUUAAUUGCUGCAGUGCAUCAAAUCAUUUUUAUUGAAGCUUAGUUUCAGUUACAUAUGCUGAUCAUUAAUGUUGUUGCUGGAGUAUUUUUUCCAUAGGAUGUCAUCCAGCUAGAGCUUCUUCCUAUUUAACUUUAGAUAUUAAAUUUGUGGAGGAAAUUGCAAAUCAUAAAUUAUUUAAGGUUGUUUUAUUUUUUGUGCCAUGAAAUCAGCUCCUCGUGAAGUUUGUCUGGCCCAGUUUUGUUAAGAAAUUGAUAAGUGUCUGUAAAACUGCACAGUCAGGUAUAGGUGAUCCCUGCUAAUUUUCCUUAAAAGUCCACACAUGUUAUGGAGCCCCUAUAAAUCAUGAAGCAAUUGCUCUCAUGUCAGAAAUUGGCUCAGGAGCUCCCAACGUGGGACACAUUUUGUGAGUUGUAGGAUAACCCUUUUAAAUAAUUGAGCCUGUUCUCUUGUGGAUCCCCCCGCCCCUGCCACUAUUAGUCAAUGCCACAGCACGUUCUUUCAAAUGGUAUUUUCUCGUUUCUGUAAGAAAAAAAUAUAUCUUUUUUUUUUGUAGGUCUGCAGUGUAUUAAUGAAACUAUGUGACUGUUUCUGCUCAGCACAUUUAACUUAAGGAGAGUUUAUGUUUGUCUCAGGUUAAAGUUAUGCCUGCAGUUAAGAUGUGCAGAUGUUGCCCAAAUUUUUUUCCUCUUUUUAGCACCUUAAAACUAAAAUAGGAUGAAUAAAGGAUUGAAACCAGAGAAAAAAAUGCAUCAACGGAGGCUAAAGGAAGCUGACUUUCCCACUUGCAGAAGGUGUCUCCACCUGAUUUUCAGGGAUCUUCUCUUUCCUCACAGUUUUCUCCCCCCACCCCUGUGAUACAUCCCACUCCAUACAACAGGGAUUGGGGGGCUGUCAGAAGAAAGAGGGGGUGGAAAGUAAACUUUCGGUGCACUUUUCUUUGGAUUCAACUCCAAAGUGUCUGCAAGCUGUUAAGCCAGCUUUUCAGUGCUUAAUGUAUUGUACCUAUUAAAAGGCCUUCAAUUCAGAGCAAAGGACAAAGUCUCUGAAAAGCAGGUCCCUGCACCUGGACACUCAGAAGUCCCUGAUUGUGUUAGGAAAAUGCAUGUUGUAAAUUCAGAUUAUAAUUCAAAAACAUCAAUUUAUGAUUAUUUCAAUUAGCAUUAAAGAGAGAAGACCUGGAUAAGUUUGGUAUCUCAGAUCAUUUUUAUAAAUUGAUAUGAUUAACCAGAAAAUCCACCCAUAGCUAUAAAAAAUUUGGCACCUUCUGUCUGUUUUGGUUUUUGUCUUACAAAGUAACUGACUGUAAAAUUUGUUUAAUUAAAAAACUCAUCCCAUUGUUUCCAAUCAAAGAUGGACCCCAAAUGGGUUCUGUUGUGUUUUUGCUUGUAGUUUUGAGAGCAGCGGCUUUGAUUUCAAGUGUGUUAGAUAUUAUAAAUAAAGAGGCCUUACUUUCUGUUAGGGAUAGUUUUCACAACUAUGUUUUACAUAGAAAUGCAGUGUGAGGUGUGACAAAGAAGUUUUGCUUCUAAAUAGGACGUCAUACCAGGAGACGUCAGGUCCACUGCAUCCAGAAAUUAAAAAAGCACUGAUUGCCCGGCAGUAACUAAUCACUGUAUUUGGGAGUUACAGAAAACUCCAGUGAUUACCUUAACUAAUUGUUGGUAUCAAACAAAUGUUUCUACACUGUGAGUACAGUCCUCCAGGCACUUCGGUUUUAUAAUUUAAAUGAAUAGAAGCUGAUUAGCAACUGUGCCUAGUGGGCUUGGAUCCAUCCCCUUUAGGCCAAGCCCUAAACUGAUGUGCCUGUGUUGUGCAGGAAAGUUUACAUCAUAGCCAGGUCUCAAAUCAACUGAGGGCUGUAAGGGUCUCCUCCAGCUAACUCUUUGAUUCACUGAUGCCAUUACAUCUUUAGGAUCCCUUUGGAUGGAUUCUGACAUGAUGGUGCUCCCACGAUGAUGACGCUGGUGAUUUUAGAAAUUGAUCCUUAAAUCUACAUUCGGGGUGUGAUCUAUAUAAGAUUUCCAGGGUUUAAGUGAACAGGAUCCUGUUGGACUCUGCUCACAAGAUUGUAGUCACAAGUUCCCAGUUCAAGACAUUAUUCUGGGACCACCAAAGGUUUCAGAAUCGACCUGCUGCCUCCGAUCUAUGCACAUUUUAUAGCAAGUAUGUUGAGAAUACACAGAACUCAGCUGUUAGUGUUGUCUGACAUUCUGUAUUCUGAUGUAGAGAGAGUGAAUGAACAGAAUACAAUGGAUCUUUUUCCAAAUUGGGUUCCUUGUGAGCCUACUCUUGUAGUCCUUGAAUAGCCCUGAAUUUGCUACAAGUUGAGUUCUUUCUCCAGGCCAGUCAUACAGAUAAGAUUGUACUGUACUGUAGCUCACCAAACAUUGUGAAGGGACUGGCUUUUGUUACAAACAAAUGCCUGUUGCUUCUUUGCUAACGUAGGUAAAUUUGAGACCUAACUUUAAAGAGUAAUACGAACCUAUCUCGUAUUUACAGAGUGUUCUCACACCCUUUGGAGCCAGUGCCUAGUAAAAGGGCAUGAGCUGUUAACAGAAUAGUGCAAGCAACUGGCAGCUGCCAAAGCCACCUGUAUCACUGUGGAUCUGUGUGUGUUCUUGCAAGUGUUUCAUUGAAAAAGUGGUAAUGAGGUUGCAGCAGAUGGGAUGGCUAAGCAGCUACUCUUUGUGUGAUAUCCCUCUCUUCCUAGAGUGCUUAAACCUGAUGCCCUACCAGGAGAUGGUGGAGUUGGUGGUAAUGAUUACUUGGGGAUUGGUGAAUGUGUAAUAGGGGCUUAUCUGUGGUUGGGAAGGCGGGAACAGAUAUGCAUCCAUAUACAGAGACAACAAUGACCUUGUCUUAUACUCAAGUGGCAUGUAGUGCUAGUUGUCCUAGGGAUCUCUCCUAUGGAAGAUGGCAGAAUGCACUGCAGGAUAGAAUUCAGGAUUGUAUCUCUAGACUAUUGGGUCUGGUCUUGUAAUGGGGGAACUUGGUGAGAAAACAUUCAAAACAGUCUCUUAUCACUGGAAAGAAACUAAGCACUUUGUUUUUCCUCAGUCUUUUUAGUACAACCAAUAGCUGGUUCCCACAAGUUUAUUGUGUAGGAAAUCUUUUAAUCAGAUGGAAAAUGCAUCUCUCAAAAGAAGCUUCCCAGUACAAUAUAGAAAGAAUCACCCAUCUUGGACACUGGGAAACAAGAAUUCUUUGCUACAAAUAAAUGCAUUUUUCUGCCUAGGAUUUUUUUUUCUUUCCCUCAAGACUCAGAGCUAAGUCACAUUUUACUUUAGCAGUGGCAGCGGAAGAGCAUUCUUCUGGUUGUUUUGCCACAGGCCCAGAUCAUGUGCAUUGGCCCUCAGCUACCAUGCAGAUGAUCUGUGGAGUUUGUCUGGUUCAGUCAGAGGUUAUAUAAAAAUAAGUUGCAAAUUGCUUUGCCCUAAAUCCAGUUUUUUCUUUCAAAAUAUUGUACAACUCCCUUAGAUGAAUGAAGUAGUCUUGUAUCAUUCCACAUUGCUAGAUCAGAAUAAAACACACUUGCAUGCUAAAGACACAAAACAAUAGAAGAGGGAAAUGCAUUUGCCAAAAUCAGUUUAGCAUAGAAUGUAGAUGCAUAGGCAGAUUUCACAGAUAUCGCUAGAAGCAGCACAUAGAGCACACGCAAGAUUCUGAUGCUGAUACUAAAUAGAUAAUCAUUUGUACUAAAGACAAUUCUCAAUUAGGGUUUGGGUGCUUCAGAUGUGCCACAUUUGUUACAUAGAAAGCAUGUUUUGUGGCAUAUUUUCUGCACAAAAUAAAUGCUGUUACUAAACCUGCCUGUCCAGUUAAGCACAUAUGUACAUUUCACAAUUGAUGGCACCAGACAUGCUUUUUACCAUUUAUAAUUGGAUUCUUUUUGUAGCAGAGCUUUUUAAAAAAUAAAGUACAAACACUUACUAAAAUAGAGUUCUAUUUGUGUCCAAAUUAACUUGGAAGUCUUUCAUUAGAAGUGAGUACAUUAAAUCUUGCAUUAGAAGGGAGUACAUUAAAUGUGUGAUUAUGUAGCCUGUGAGGAGAGUUUAUGGCCUAAAUCUUUGAAAACUGUUUCCUGGUAGUUGGAACAUAACCUAGACUUUUAAAAAGUAGCUCAUAGUUUUGAAAACUUUUCUGUUUAUAGCAAUAGCUAUCAGCCUUAAAAUACUAUUAUUUGUAGUUCUUUUUUUUUUCUUCCUUUACUGGCUUGCAAGAUUAAAUAUAAAUUUUGCUAUACAACAAGGAAAAUAUAGUUUAUAAGUACUAUGGAUUUCACAAUUUUUAUAAGCAUAGUACUUGUCCACAAAAAUAUUUUCCAAAUGGCAUAGCUUUUUUUUUAGAUGCCCGCCUUACUAUCCUAUUGGCAAUUUCCAUCUUAAUGCAUAAUCUAUGCAAAUAUUUGUUAAUCUAAGAUGUGAAUUUAGUACAGUGCCUUCCUUUUGUGUUUUUUCAAAACAUCUGAAGUUAGGUAAUGUUGGACAUAUAUAUAGAUACUUGCUUAUGUUUAUCAUUGACCCAGUACGAGAUUGGAUUAUUCUUUAUUAGACACAAAGGUCUCCAAGUGACUUACAAGACAUUUAAAAGCAAAAGGCCAGAUUCAACUAACUUGUCCCAUCAGUGGAAGCCCACAAAAGGGCUUUCCCCUGUCUCCUCCUCCCUGUGCCCUCUCAUUUUGCCCUGUGGGGGUUGGGAGAACCCGCAGGAUGGUGUAUGGGAAGAGAAGAGGGGAAAUUGUUCCACCGGGCAAACAGAAAUGUUUGUGCUGACAAACAUUUGUACCGGUGCGCUAACAGAAUGUACAUGGCAGCAAAUAUCGGCCACCAUAGUAGGUAAUACAUCACACAUACAAUCAAUCAUCCAGCCAGAGUGACUUUGUAUAUUACCUAAAAGUGUAGGAAGAGACGUCACACUUUUUGCUCUUUUCACUAACUCUGUAAUGUUGAAGGAGGAACUUGCACGUUUCUCAUGGAAAGAGGAGGUGGAGGAAUUGGCAGAGCUGUUCCUACUUUCUCUUCCAUUCUGUUCUCUUUUUCAAAUGUGCAAAGUCACCCUGGUGGUCUAAAUAAAUACAAUCUUUGCUUCAGAACAAAAUGGUGAGUUAUAUUAGAUAAAGCACCAGUUUCUCUGAAUCCUCUUUCCCUACUUUUAAAACCGAUCAUCCAGGCAGCGACAGCAGAAGUAAAUGCCUUCUGCCUUGCUCUCAACAUCUGUGUUUGCUUUCCUUUCCUUCCCUCUUCCUGCUCCUCCCUGACGUUUUUCUGGCCCUGUUACGGUCAUGGCUCUGCUUUGCGCUUUUAUUCCCAACUUUAAAAAUAAACAGGGAGGUGGCAGCAUCAGAAUUAAGGACUUGGUGACGGCAACUUUUGAAUUGCUCAGAUGGGCAGAGCUGUCAGAAGUGUGGAAAACCUGGAACUUGAGAAGUGUAAGGAAAACAUGCUGGGUAUUAUGGGUGUGAUUUAGUGGAUGAAAACUUUCCCCUUGGUCCCAAAUUUGGGUACCAGGAAAUAACAUGGAAUGGGACCUCUCUGUAUUUAGCACCAGUGUGUAAGCUCUCUACCUCACUGCACGGCGAUCCUGAAUCCCUUCUAAUUUGUACAACUAGGAAAGAAAUUUACAGGGUAUAGUAAAUAGACAAUCUGGAAUGGUUUGAUACUAUGGUUGCCUAUGGUGCUUGUACACUAUCUUAGCUGCUUUGAUUGUAUUUUGAGAAAAUAAAAAGUGCAUUAGUGAGACACGUGCAUGCGCUUAAUAUAUUGCUGUUGGUCACAGUCCUCUUAUUGUGAUGCUAAUAAUUUUGCAGUUUAUGAAAUCUGGUUGCUUGUACUGUGGUAUACAAAACUGUAGGGAAGUUUUUGUUUUUGUUCUUAAGCUCUCUGCCUGGGGCAGGGGGCGGAGAGAUUCUCAAGCUUUAGAGAACUAUUCCCUACCUUCCCAAAAUUUUAGCUCUCACAAGAAAGACAUGCAUGCAUGUCCAGCCUUCCAUACACAGUUUUACUUCAUUGGGACCCACGUGCAAAUUAGCUCUAUUUGUGCAACUGCAUUGUGAUGUGUGUUCUCCAGUCCCCAUCCAUAGUGAUACAAGAGAUGUAAUAGAAGAACAUAGUGCCCCUAAUCUGCCUAAGAUUACAAUCCUACACAUGUGUACUGGGGAAUAAGUACCAUAGAAAUCAAUUGACCCUACUAAGUAUACAUGAUUGGGAUUGUUUUUAUAGCCAGUGGAAAAUAAGUGAUAUGUAUUGGGCCGCUCUUUAAGUCCUGCUGAGAUUAAUGAGAUCUAACGACAACUUCGCAUAUCUUUAUGAGAAUCAGUACUUUGAUGUGAGCAGGUUAAUCCAAAUACUAUCUCUAGUUCAGUUUACAUACACUGACUAAAAUAACUUACAAUGAUUUGGGCAGUAUAGGGAAGGACAAGUUAAACCUUUUCUUUCUCCCAUCUCUGCUCAGAAGCAUGCCCUUCCUGCAGCUGUUUGCCCAUCCACGGGGGCAGAUACAGAGAUGUGUCAAUACCUAUUAAGUGCAGCGAAAUUUGUCUUGUGUGUGUGUGUCUAUCUAUCACACUUUUUGCUGUUGGCAACUAAGCCUGACCAUCAGGUCAUAGUCUGAUGGCAGAAUCUGUAGAAAGAUAGCACAAGGCUAUAAAUUCAGGUAUUGGAGAUGGAGAUGGAAAUGCAAGUCUGCAAUUGUGGUGUUGGCACAGUCUGGAAUGUGACAGAGCUAAUGCCUGCACUACUUUUGAAAGUGGUUUUUAGGGAAAUAUUUAGUGACGAAUACUGACACGGUCUUUGGAGGUUCCUCAUGUGCUCUGUGUUGUCAGUGGCAUUUCCUAUUCUGUAAUAGUGCCUCAGAUGUUGGUGUGUGGUUAAAAAAAAUAAAUCUCAUGUCCCAGGGACAUGCAGCUUCCACUAGCCAUAAAAAAGGCCUGGCUUACAUACAUAGCGGGGAGAAAGUUCUGAUUCAUAUUGAAUUCAUUCACUUCAUUCCAAAAAGGACUUUAAAAGGUUUGAAGAACUCCGGUGUAAACUGAAGUGUUCUGCAUUUUUUUAAGAAGUUUUAUUGCUUGUAAUAAUCAAGGUUUCUGGGAACAGGCCUAGAGCCCAUCUUUCUGAUCACCGGCAACUGUCUUGCUUUUCCUAGCACAGUGUUUACCAGGUGGGGUGGAAUGCAAGAUGGCAAGGGAACAAAGCUUGCGUACAAUAGUCAAUUUUGACGUUUUAUUGUCACCUAUUUAUGAAUUUAUAAGAAAAAAGAAGUUUAUUUUUAAAAACUAUGAAACCUACUUUUUUUGUAAAUUUUAGCAAAGUCUGUAGCAAAUGCAUUGUAAUGUGUAUAAUAAAAAAUGAGCAUUUGGCUGA